UGUCAGAUUUACACGGUUUUCGGAAUCUUUUUCAUCAGUUUGUUGAUCAGUCAAUGGAUGAAUGGAUUCAGGAUGAGAGAAGGAAAUCGAGAGCGAACGUGACGAGUGGCGCGAGUUGAGUUUCGUGUGCAGUGCAACAAAACUGACGGCGUAAAAUUACAUUUCUUCAAAGACUAUGCAGAAACUACGCGUGUAGUACAGUGUUCAGUUAAAAUAUGAAUCUCUUAUGAAACUUACUUUGGAACUAUAGUGAGAAUUACCGACUUACCGGUUACUGAAGUAAACAUUUGUGAUUGUUGAAUAAACUUUAUGUGUAAUGGGAGAUAGAGAUUGGAGACCAUUUAUUUACGGCGGCCUUGCGUCGAUCGUCGCCGAAUUCGGCACAUUUCCAAUAGACACAACAAAGACCCGCCUUCAGAUACAGGGACAAAAGAUAGACCCUCGACAUGUGGAGCUCCGGUAUACUGGCAUGGUGGACUGCUUCGUCAAGACAUCUCAGCAGGAGGGGGUCAAGGCACUGUACUGUGGUAUCUGGCCGGCGGUGCUCCGGCAGGCGACGUACGGCACGAUAAAGUUCGGCACGUACUACUCCAUGAAGAAAUGGAUAGCGCAGCACAGGGCGGACGGGGGCUCCAUUGAGCACCUGCCUACCAACACCUUCUGUGCUGCCUUCGCUGGUGGACUCUCCAGUGCCAUCGCCAACCCUACAGAUGUGCUUAAAGUGCGGAUGCAGGUGGGAGACGAGAAGCGUGGCCUAGUGCGAUGCUUCAUGGAGAUCCACCGGCUGGAGGGCUGGCGCGGGCUGUGGCGCGGCGUGGGCCCGACGUCGCAGCGCGCCGCCGUCAUCGCGGCCGUGGAGCUGCCGGUGUACGACGCCUGCAAGAAGCGCCUCACCGCGCCGCUGGGAGACUCGCCCCUCAACCACUUCGCGUCCAGCCUGCUCGCCAGCCUCGGCAGCGCCGUGGCCAGCACGCCGCUCGAUGUCAUCCGGACGCGGCUAAUGAACCAAAGAAAGUUGAAGGGACAGGCGCCGAAGCCCAACGAGAGGAUAUACAAAGGAACUGUGGACUGCUUCCUACAGACAGUGCGCAAUGAAGGUUUCAUGGCUUUAUACAAGGGCUUCGUGCCAACCUGGCUGCGAAUGGGGCCCUGGAACAUUAUCUUCUUCCUCACGUAUGAACAGCUCAAACAGAUGUACUGAACAUGGACUUUGAUGCUCUGUAAAUGUUGCUGGAUCUGGUGAUCAAAUCACCAUUGCGAAAUAGAAUCUAGUGCUGACGGGCGGACGGGCACGGCAAGAGUGAGCUUAUUGUACGUAGUCAUAGGAAUCAUUAUUCAAUGCCUCACAAUAGUACACGACUUAUUUACUUUGAAGUAAUCAAUGAUUUUGUUAUAAUAUUUCUCUGCAUUUUCUCAACAUUUACCGAAUAUAAGCAUUAACUAGCUAUUUGUUGUUAGGUGGCAGCUUAAGAUUUAAGUGUUAGAAGAGCUUGUGUAAGUUAUUUUAUGUUAAAAUGAUACAGAAACUCGCUUUGUUAAUAUAGUUCCUCGUUAGGUGGUAAGUUCACGUUUAUUCUGUAUUGACACGUUUAUACGAUGGUUGUAGUCAUGGUCAAUAGUUGUAAUAAAUUAUCAACUUAUCUUUAACGUAGACGCUGGUUGUUUAUGUGUUCUAACAAUAUAUUGUAUGUAUAAAUGCGCUUUGAGUGGCGCAAAGAACAUCACUUUAAAAAAGUAAAUGUACAGCAUUUAUUGAAAGUUAUAUGUCCAUAACUACUUAAUAUAAGAAGAGAAUAUUAUCAUAGUUUGGAAAUCAAAUUAUAAUACGUCGUUUUAUUUAAGGAACUUGAAUACUUAAAAGAUUUUUUAUUUGAUAUUUUGAUGUCAAUUCUUGUGUGCAAUAAAAAAAUUGAUGCGAGUUUUAAGCGAGGUAUGUGAGAAUGGUCUGUGUAGUAUAUAGGGCCGCGGCCGGUCAGACCGGAGCCCGAGACUUAGUUGGAGGCUCCGCGGCGCACUGCGAGACUUGAGAGAUUGAGAUUAAAGGCACACAGUGCUCACUUUUAGACGAAUAUUAAUAUUAUACUUCAAUGUUUUUUGAAUUAUUUUUAUGUCAUAUUUGAUGUAUGAACUAUUUCUCUGUUAUACCUUCGUGUAUGGUGUACCUUUAAAUGUUUCUGCACCAUGUAAUAAAAUUGUAGUUUGCAAUACAAGACUGUAAGUUAUUAGCGUUUUAACGUAUCUUGAAUAUAACUAGUUCUCGUUGAUAGCACUUUACUCAGUACUAUUUAUAUUGCGCAGUGUCAGUACCUGUGUGAUGAUGAUGACGUUGUUGUUGAAGCUAUGUAGUUGUAAGUAGAACAUUCUGUAAAUAUUUGUAUGUAGAGUUUUAUUUUUGAAAGUAUCUUUCAAUUGAAUUAUAAUGUAUUGCCAUAUACUGACAUGUCUGUAUACUAUUCUCUGUGAUUCAGAAUAGUGUUCUAGGAAAUAAGACGGUUUGUUGAUCCGGAAAGCAUUCAAAGUGUUACCUAUUGCACGAAUAUGAACUCAACUGCGAAGAAUAUAAAGAUGUUUUCUUUUUAUGUCAUUAUAUUUGAUGGAUCGACGUUUCACCACUAUCUGUUAACUAUUGUUAAUGCCUUACUGGUACAGUUGGAUGUGGGUUCAAGUGUUGUUUUAGUUUUAGCUCAGUCAGACACCAGCACAUCAUGCUACCUCAAAUCAGUUUAAAUUCUUUAGUAGAUUGUCACCUUUAUUACAAAGUAGUAAGAUUGAAAAUUGAAAUGGAGUUUCGGGUACAUUGAUAUGCUGAUGUGUGAUCUUGUCACAGGUUUCAUCUAAAAUGAGUUAAUUAUUGUUUUGUGAUCGUAAAAUAUAUUUGGAGCACUUUUACCAUCAAUGAUUGUGGAUGUCGCUUAAAAUAUGUAUGUGUUGUGUGAAACACUAGAAAUAGAAGCUUACUGUGAAUAUACACUAGGUACAAAGAAUUAGCCAAAUUAAUUUAAUCCAAAUAUACACAAUUGUAUAGAAU